AUGUUAGAAGUUCGCUGCUCCGGAACACCAUACGAGAUCGGCCAUCAAUAUGGUGCCGCAGCGAAAGACAAAGUAAAUGGAUCUCUCUCCUUUUACGAAUGGCUCUUCCAAGAAACAUGUUCUAUGAAUUGGGAGGCUGUUCGCCAAGAGGCUAAGAAAUACAUUGAGCCUCUCCGGAACAUAUCUCCGCGUCACGCUGAGGAACUGCAAGGUCUAGCCGAUGGCGCUGGCGUUGACCUCUUGGAUAUCGUCGCAUUGAACGUCAGGACUGAAAUCACUUUCAGUCUCUACACGGAAAACCCUACUACUCCCAUCCAAACUGACGGCUGCACAAGUGCCGCAUGUCGUCAACGCAACGGCCAAGUGCUUCUAGCGCAGAAUUGGGACUGGCAACCCAAACAGGCGCCAAAUCUUCUCAUCUGCCAUAUUUCUCAGCCUGGAACGGACAUACCCAACAUCUCGAUGGUUACUGAGGCGGGUGUGAUAGGCAAGAUUGGUAUCAAUUCUGCGGGAGUGGGGACGACAUUGAAUGCCAUUCGAGCUCGCGGUGUUGAUGAUACCAAACUUCCAAUCCAUCUUGCUCUCAGGUCGGCUCUGGAGUCCAAAUCAGCACGAGAAGCUGCGAAUAAGCUGUACGAGAUGGGAACAGCUGGUAGUGGGCAUAUCCUCGUGUCGGACCCAAGCGAAGCUAUAGGUUUGGAGUGCACGAGUAUAGGAAUUAAAGAGAUCAACUUAGACAGUAUCGGGACUCUGGUGCAUACAAAUCAUUUACUCCUCGAGCACCCUGGAGUCGAUGAGCCAGGUUGGUUACCGGACUCCCAAGUGCGCUUUGCACGCAUGUCUGAACUCAUCCAAAACCAGAUAGCUUUGGGAAGUAUCGACCACGAUUCUCUCUUUGAGCUGUUUAAGGAUGAACAGGGAUACCCGGCGUCGAUCAAUCGCGAUGUGACGGCUCACAAAGAUGGGACCACUACUUUAUUCAACAUCAAUAUGGACUUGGCAAAGGGAAAGGCCAUAAUUAGUGUGGGAAGACCCACGAGCUGGACGGAGAGACUAGAGCUAUCACCUUAG